AUGUCAAGUGACAGCAAAUACAAGUAUCGUGUAGAGAUACAACAGAUGAUGUUUGUAUCAGGGGAAUCCAACGACCCUCCAGUCGAAACAACAUCGUUGAUUGAGGAUAUUGUGCGAGGUCAAGUGAUUGAGAUAUUAGUGCAAACCACCAAGACUGCAAACAGUAGAGGGUCAAAGAGUAUAGCGCCAGAAGAUGUCAUCUUUCUCAUCCGCCAUGACAAGGCGAAAGUCAAUCGAUUGCGUACUUACUUGUCGUGGAAGGACGUUAGAAAGAAUGCCAAGGAUCAAGAAGGCGGAGGUACAGAAUCUUUAUUAGAGGGCGGUGCAGAUGGAGUAGCUGGCGGCCCAGCUGACGGCAAACUGCAACAGACAUCGAAUGACUCCAAGAUGCUAUCGAGGUACAAAAAAUCCAAAAUCAGACUCCCCUGGGAGUUGCAAUUUAUGUUUAGUGAACAACAUUUGGAGACAAACGAUGAUAACGAGCAAGUGGACGAGGAGGAGAAAGCAGCCACUAUUGCAUCAUUGAAAAGAUUGAAAAUGGCAGAUGACAGGACCAAGAACAUGACAAGAGAGGAGUACGUCCACUGGUCAGAAUGUAGACAAGCUUCCUUCACAUUUCGAAAAGCUAAGCGGUUCAGAGAAUGGGCCAACAUGGCACAAUUGUGCGACACAAGACCCAAUGACGAUGUAAUUGAUAUCUUGGGGUUUUUGACUUUUGAAAUUGUGUGCUCGUUGACAGAAGAGGCGAUGAAUAUAAAGAAUUCUGAAGAUAAGCUAAAUCAAAUACAAAAGGAGAAAAACAUGGAGCGGGAAAAACAACCGAAAAAGAGGAAAUACUUGUUUGAUAGACCCGACGAAUUGGCCAGUCCGAUAAUGCCAUAUCAUAUAGAGGAGGCGUGGAGAAGAUUGCAAAAGACCGACUUUAAACAUAAAGCUGGAAGGUCAUUUGGAGGCGGAGUGGUUAAAACGCGGACGAGACUUAUUUGA